GUGAGCUGCAGUAUUGUCACAGUCGAGGGGAAUCGGAACCAGGCGCCAGACACAGAGUCACUGCGAUAUCGAGACAUUCGGAGCCCCAGGCACCAACCACCAUGUCCGAUCCCAGUGAUGUCCGACCGGUCCCACACAGGAGCAAGGUGUGCCGCCGUCUCUUCGGACCCGUGGACAGCGAGCAGCUAAGCCGCGACUGUGAGGCCCUCAUGGCCGGCUGCCUCCAGGAGGCCCGAGAACGGUGGAACUUCGACUUCGUCACCGAGACGCCUCUGGAGGGCAACUACGCCUGGGAGCGUGUUCGGGGCCUAGGGAUGCCCAAGUUCUACCUGAGUCCUGGGUCCCGUGGCCGUGAUGACCUGGGAGGGGACAAGCGGCCCAGCACCUCCUCUGCCCUGCUGCAGGGGUCAGCUCCGGAGGACCACGUGGCCCUGUCGCUGUCCUGCACUCUGGUGUCUCAUGCCCCUGAGCGGCCUGAGGACUCCCCGGGUGGCCCUGGGACAUCUCAGGGCCGAAAACGGAGGCAGACCAGCCUGACAGAUUUCUAUCAUUCUAAACGCCGGCUGGUCUUCUGCAAGAGGAAGCCCUAACUUGCCCACAGAGGCCUCACCUUCUUCUGCAGUGGCCGGGAGGCCCCUUCCCCACCUCUGCCUCAGGCUUUCCUCCACUUGUGUGUCUUAAUUAUUAUUUGUGUUUUAAUUUAAACUUCUGUAUAUACUCAGCCUGCCCUCCCCCACCUCCAGCAUUAGCAUUAUUUAAAAGAACUAAAACGGUAGGACGGUCGCCCCUUAGUGUGGGGAUUUUUAUUAUGUAGACUAUUAUUUAAACCCUCCUCAACCCAAACUCCGUGUUCCCUAUCCUGAAGGGACGGUCGGACUGGCUUCAUGCCAGCUGCACCCUCCUCCACCCACCCCCAACCCCACCUCCAUCCCCUGUCUGGGUGAUGCUCUCCCUAAAUGACCUGGUUCCCUGCCACCUGUCUCAAGAGGGUGAUCCUCAGACCCGAAUAGCACUUUGAAGGAGGGCCAGCUGGGUGGGACUGUGGGGUCUCCUUGUUACCUCUAAGGCUGGCCAGGGUGACGGUGAAGUGGUCACAGCCUAAAACAGGAAUGAGACUUGGCCUGGUUGGGACCCAGCUGUAAUGUCCUGACCCUUGAUACUCACUCAGACUUGUAAAGACAGGGAAUGCCUCCCACUCUGGUCCCCUUUGCCUCCCCUGUGGGUCUCUCUGCCAGUUGCCCCUCUAUUUUUGGGGGUUCACCUGGCACUCAGCUGCUCUCCCCUCUCCAGAUCCUUGUCCCCUCCCCAAUACCCCCAGUAAGCAGGAGGCAUCUCUGGGCACCGGUAAGGGAAAGGGGUACACUAAGUAGGGUUCCCUGGUUCUACCUCAGGCAACUCCAGUGAUAACCACCUUCCUUGUGGUUCUAGGGUGGUGAGAUAGGCCAGGCCUCCCAGAGCAGUGAGCACCCCUGUGGUACCAGUGUGUGGUAGGGACCCUAGUUGCUGAAGUCAUCAGUGACCUCUCCCGUCUCUUAGAACUUUGAGCAGCAGAAAUACAAGGAGCCAAUCAGGAUGGCGCCUCAAGGGCUAAGCAAGCUAACAGGAGACCAAGAAUGGUGACUGACCCUUACCCAGGACUGAAUCCCCAUGGACACCAAAGCACUUACAGAGUCUGACCCCAAACACCUUGUUUCUGUAACAUCCUGGUCUGAUUGUUUGCCCUUAGCCCCCCACAAAGAUGUAUUUUGGCCGCCUCCCUGUUUCCACUCAGACUGUCAACCUUCCAAGAGCAGGGACCAUGUCCUGCACUGUUCCCAGCCCCACCCCCCACCCCAAAGCAGGUGCUCAAUAA